AUGAAAUUCCUCUUGAUCUCAAUAACAUUAAUUUUGUUUUAAGUUAGAAGCGUAAGUGUUAAUUUAACUGAUGUCUGUCAAUGCACAACACUUUAGGCUUAAAAAGAUUGCCUUGAAUGGACUAAAUGUGAAUGGGAUAAGACAACUAAUAAGUGCAAAGCAGCAGGUACAGCAACAGAAACAGGAACAACAACAAGAUUUAUCUCAAAGAGUUGCACAGAUACAAAGGAUUGUAGAAAGACUUAAGGUUGUGCGUUGGUUGAAGAUAAGGAUAAAAAAUAAAAAUGUGUAAUCAUGGGAGAUUGCUAAUCUUAUUUAGGAUCAUCAAAUGCUGAAUGCCAAAAGUAUUCUUUUAGAUGCAACUGGGAUCCUAAAUAACAAACAUGUACUUCAAAUAAUGUUUGCGAUUAAUACAGUGGAGAAGGUAAGAAAACAGAUUGUGAGAGUGUAACUUAAUAGAAUGGUGAGAGUUGGUGUAAAUUUAAUACAGAUGAUAAUAAAUGUCGUAAAAAAGAAUGUUCAGAUUAUACAAAAACAACAGAUGCUGAAUGUGCUGCUUCAUUACAAGAUGGCAAUUGUAAAAGUGACAAAAAAAAAUGUUUGACUGAAUUAGUUAAAUGUGAAUCAUAUCCAGUAGAGGAUUGUUUAAAUGUUAUUACUUCUGAUGUGAUUAUUUCUAAUAAGCAAUGUGAACUUAAUAAAGAUAAAACAAAAUGUUAAAAAGUGUCAUGUCAAGGAGCAACGGAUUCAACAAGUGAUAAAGGCUGUGAUACAUACAUGACCGGAUGCAUAACAAAUAAUAAGGAAUGUUAUAAUAAACCUUUGCCUAAAUGUUAAACCUAUUCAACAUCAGAUUGUUCUUCUUUAAAAGGGCCUUUAGGAAAUUGUAUUUUGACAUCAGGUGAAACUCCACUUUGUAGGGAUCCAAUUUGUGAAGAUUACUAAGAGGCUUCUGAUGAAGAUUGUAGAAAAAAAGAUCCAACUUGUCUAUAUACAAAUGGAGUAUAUUGUGUAAACCAAUUAGCUGAUAAAUGUGAUAGUUACGAACCUUCACAAACUGGAGACUGCAAUAAUCUUUUCAGUAAGGAAGGGAAAUGCAAAUCUACAGAUUAGACAAAAUGUGCUUUGGAUAAGUGCGAAGAGUAAAAAUUGACCACAAAUGAAGAAUGUGCUAAAUAUUCAGCACUUGGAUUACUUUAAUCUAGAUGUAUAACAAAUGGAGUGCAUUGUGUGUUAAGUUUGGCAGAUUCUUGUAGCAGUAUAGUAACUAAUGAUAAUGCUUGCGAUUAAUUUAUCAGUAAAGAAGGAAAAUGUAAAUCGAAAGAAGGAUCACCAUCAAUCUGUGAAUUAGCUUCAUGUAAUGCUUAAAUAUUUACCGAUGAUGUAGAAUGCUAAAAAUAUUCAAGUAAUGGAAUAGCACCAGAGGUCAAAUGUAAAACAGAUGGUAAGAAAUGUGUUGAUAAUUUAAAAACUUGUAAUUUAUAUUUAUAAGAGGAAGGAUGCUCUUCACUUAAAGGAUCAGAUGGGCAAUGUACAGAUGAUAAUGCUGCAGAUUCUACAAAAUGCAUUGUCAAGACUUGUGAUCAAAUCACAGAUCCUUCUGCAACAUCUUGUCCUGCAGGAAAUAAUAGUUGUUUUUUUGAUGGUGUAGGUUGUAUUAAGGAAUUGAAAACCUGUGAAUCUUAUACAUCAAAUUGUGAUAAAAUUAUUUCUAAGACCAAAGAACCUUGUACUACUAAUCCAUCUGAUCCUAAUAAAUGUGUUAAAAAAACUUGUUUAACUGCUCCUACAAGCACUUCAUCAGAUGAGUAAUGUAUGAUAUAUCUUUUGGGCUGUGUUACUACAGGUUAUGGAUGCAUUGAUAAAUUAUCGACAUGUGAUACUUAUAAAGGUGUUAAAAGUACUUGUGAAAAAUAUAUUGGAACUGAUGGAAAAUGUACUGCUGAAGAUUCAAACAAAGAAACAGACAAAUGCAAGGCCAAAGAUUGUGCUAAUGCUACUUCACCUACUAAUGAUACAUCAUGCAAUAGUUAUUCAAAUGUAUGUUUUUAUAAUGCAAGAGUAUAAAAAUGUUCAAAAAGAGUUCUCGCUUGUGAUACAUUGAAAUCGUAAACUGAUUGUGAAGGUUACUUAACAUUAGAGACUUCCUAAUUCUGUAUUUGGGAGAACUCAAAAUGUGUCUAAGCUACUUGCAAUACUAUCAAUAAUGUUAAAAGUAAAGAGGGCUGCGCUGUCUAUGGAGCCAAUUGUGAAUAUGAUGGCUUAAAUGGAUGUAAAGACAAAAUUAAUUAUACUUGCUCAACACUAAGAUCAGCUAGUUUAUGUACACAAGACUCUUAAUUAAACGCAUGUCUUUGGGAUACUACUAAUAAAACAUGUAUCAAAUACAAUAAAUGUUCUGAUUUUGCAUUAACUCCUGCUAAAGAAAAUGAAGAGAAAACUAAUGAUUAGAUUUCUGAGGAAACAAAGACUUGUAAAUUAUUAUCUGAUAAAUGUUACUCUGCUGGAGGAACUACUUGUAUUUCUAAAGUACCAUGUACUGUAAUCAAAGAAGAAAAAAGUUGUCUAGGUACGAUAGGAAUCGAUGAUAAAGUUUGUGGUUACGAUGCUAAAGAAUAAGCUUGUAAAACCUUUGGAUCAUGUACUGAUAUUGAAUUAGUAACACAUACUGAAUGCUAAUUAUAUAGCAAUACAUGUACUUCUGAUGGUAAGACUUGUGUAGCCAUAAAAAAUUGUUCAGAUGCUACUAACAAAGAGACAUGUGAUCUUGGAGGUUUAGAUGGAAAAUGUAUUUGGUCAGACCCUACAUGUCGUUUAUGGACUUGUUCAGAUGCUACAGGAUCUACCCAUGAUGCUUGUAAUAAAUUAUCAAGUUCAUGCACUACAGAUGGUACUAAAUGUAUGGAUAUUGGAGAGUGUAGUACAUACUCAGAUAAAAAUUGUGUUUUAGGAUUAAAAAAUACUGUUUGCUUUUAUGACAAAGAAAAAACAACAUGUAGAAACAAAAUCUGCUCUGAUUAUACUAAUAUAACUAAUUAAAGCGAUUGUGAUAAAGUAGGUUGUGCUCAUGAUCCUGAAGCUAAAGCUUGUAUUGUAAAAGAUAAAUGCUCACUUUAUAAGUAAGAAAAAACAUGCAAUAAUAAUAAAUCAAAUGAUAAUAAGGAAUGUGUUUGGGUUGAAGGUCCAUAACCUGGUUGCAAAGAAUUGGCUACUUGUUCAGAUGCUCAAAAAAACAAAGCUAAAUGUGAAAUGUUGAAUUGUUACUAUUUACAAGCUAACUCUACUAGUAAUCCUCCAACUGAGUCUUAGUGUAAAAAUAUGGAUUGUUAUGGUAAGAAUCCAUCAAGUACAGCUGCAUCUGGUUGUCAACCAUUCUAAAGUGAAAAGGAUGGUAAAAAAAAUUUAACUUUCUGUGGUUGGAUAGAAAAAGAUAAUAAAUGUGGAGAAGUAGAUCCAAAUGGAAUUUACAAAGAAGAUGUUUGCUUUAAGCUUUCAGAGUACACAUAUUACUGGAGUACAUCUACCAGCAAAUGUACUUCAUGCAAAGGAUCAAUUACAACACCCCCUAAUGGUAAUAAUACCACAAACCAAACGAAUAAUACGACAGGAAAUGUUACUGAUAGUAAGGGUUUUAGAUUAGAAAUAGCUAUAUUUAUCAUCAUAUCAUUCUUGUUAAUUUGAGAAGAAUUAAUAGAUAUAUGCA